CGACUUGUCUGCGCCGUCGCUUUGCUUGUUUUGGACCGACUAUCAUCUUAUAUACAACUUGCCUCGUUCAAUGGAAAAAUCAAAAAUCAUCAUUCUAUUCUCUCCCCAGUGGUGUCCUCCUCCGUGUAUCCGCAUCUUUCUUCUGAAUUUCAGAAUUGUUUUGAAAUAGAGUUGUGGAAGAGAUCGAAAGCAGUAACCCAGAAGAUGGGGUUUGAGAAAGAAGCCAGCACCUCCUCCUAUGGCCUUGAUUCUGUGCCUAGAGAAGACACCCCACUGCUGUCCAAGUCCAGACCCCUCUCUUCCCAAACCAAGACCUUUGCCAACGUCUUCAUAGCCAUAGUUGGGGCCGGCGUCCUCGGCCUACCUUACACCUUCAAGAGAACGGGAUGGGUAUUGGGGUCUUUGAUGCUCUUCGCCGUUGCUAUCCUUACCUACCACUGUAUGAUGCUCCUGGUCCACACUCGCCGGAAACUCGACUCCCUCCACGGCUUCUCCAAGAUCGCCUCCUUCGGCGACCUGGGCUUCGCCGUCUGCGGCUCCUUCGGACGGAUCGCCGUGGACGCCAUGAUCGUUCUCUCCCAGGCUGGGUUCUGCAUCAGCUACCUCAUCUUCAUUGCCAACACUCUGGCGUACGUUUCCAACAGCUCGCCCUCGCUUCCGAUUCUGGGUUUAACUCCCAAAUCGCUCUACAUCUGGGGUUGCUUUCCGUUUCAACUGGGGUUGAAUUCGAUUCCCACGCUGACUCACUUAGCUCCCUUGAGUAUUUUCGCGGAUGUGGUCGAGAUCGGAGCCAUGGGCGUGGUUAUGGUGGAAGAUGUAUUGAUUUUUCUGAAGCAAAGGCCUGCCCUGCGGGCUUUUGGGGGUUUCUCUGUUUUCUUCUAUGGUCUGGGCGUUGCUGUCUACGCCUUUGAAGGAAUCGGCAUGGUCUUGCCAUUAGAAUCAGAGGCUAAAGACAAAGACAAAUUCGGAAAAGUUCUCGCCCUGUCCAUGGCCUUCAUUUCUGUGAUGUACGGAGGGUUCGGCGCUUUGGGCUACUUCGCAUUCGGGGAAGAAACCAAAGACAUUAUCACCACCAAUCUGGGGCAAGGUCCGCUGAGCAUCAUGGUUCAGUUGGGUCUCUGUGUGAACCUCUUCUUCACUUUUCCUCUCAUGAUGAACCCCGUCUACGAAGUGAUGGAGAGGCGGUUCCGUGAUGGCGCCUACUGCCUCUGGCUGAGAUGGGUGGCGGUGCUGGGGGUGAUCCUGGUGGCUCUGAUGGUCCCCAAUUUCGCAGACUUCUUAUCUCUAGUGGGCAGCAGUGUGUGCUGUGUUCUGGCCUUUGUGUUGCCCUCUUUGUUUCAUCUGAUAGUCUUCAAGGAUCAGCUGAGCAGGAAAGGCAAGGCUUUGGAUGUGGCCAUUCUGGUUCUUGGACUGGUUUUUGGAGUCUCUGGAACCUGGUCUUCUCUUUUGGAAAUCGUCUCGCCCAGUGCCUGAUCACACCCAUCAUAAGUAAUACCACAAUCAGUACUUGCAAGCUGGAAAUUAUAAUAUUUUGUGAUCAAAAUAUGAGAUUUGGCUUGUUUUUCUAUCCAUGGAUCUUGCUCUGAAUCAUUUUUGUAAUUUGGUUUUGGUUUUUGCCCACUGUCGGUGGAUAACAGUAGUGUUUGCUGAUAUUUUGGGUAGAUCAGAUCUCCUUAUGGUC